AGUAUAAUUAUGAGUACUGUUCCACAAUAUGAUCCACGCAAUCCAACAUUUCAAUCUCCGUUGAACCCCCAUCAACGUGCCAUCAUCUUCUUAUUUUACAUUGUUGAGGACGAUAUGGAAACACUUGGCGCUACUUGGAAGUAUGUCAUGGAAUUCAAGACACAUGGCUGGAUACCGUUGAGGGAAGACGAAGAUUUCAACGUAAAAGAUUUUGAUCCCAAUUUUUUUUUGAGAGAGACCUAUGAUCCCGUUUCUGCAAGGAGUAGAGGUGAAUCUGCUCUCAAAGAGCCCCCUUAUAUUACUUGUCUAACCGGUAUAGGUCGAUACUAUCCAUGCUUUGUACUAUGUGGUCCCUUAUAA